ACAAUAAAAUAAUAAACCAUAGGAAACAAACAUCCAAACAGGGGGUUAGUUAGUCCAAACAAUCUUAAACCAACGAACCUUAAAUCCCCAAAGACCCAAAUCAACCUUAGAUCCUACCGCCCCAAUUCCCAUCGAACCCUAGCACGUCUGAUUCACCAUUUUUAGCGAAGAUCCUCUUCCUUUCUAUGCUCUCAGGUUUUGUUCGUCCAGAAAUGGCAACUAGUAAUGGCAAUUGGUCAUUAGCAUGAGCGAAAACACAUCUCAGCAAUAACACUCCAUUCUUUCCUCUAUUUUCUUUCCACCAUCGCAGACCAGUACAUAAUUUACAUGCAUGCAAGACAUUAAUUAUCUUUAUCCCAAUUCGAAUUUUAAAUUUUCUUCAAAAAUUGAGUAGCAACCCAAAUUUCGGAUCCGUCCCACAUCGCUCUAAUGCUCAAACCCUAAAUAUUUUGGAUUUUAUAAUAAAGAACCCCUUGCCACAUUCCAGAUCACAAUUUACACACCAAACUUCUGAGUGUUUCAAUUACAUAGCUCAUAAGAUGAGUUUUUGAACUGUGGAGAAAGUUUAAUAUUUUGUUUUUAUUUUGAAGAUUCGCGUGGUGAAAUCGUGAAGCGAUCAAUCCUUUAUUUCAGUCAUAUCCGCUGCUCCUCAACAGGUUCAACGAGAACUGUGAUUUCCAACUCUUUCAAUUCAAGACUUCAACAUCAUUGGUCUUCGACUGGCAGGUCAUUUAUCUUAUAAAAGAAUGGGGGCUGGGAGAAAGACAAAAACGGUCAUGCUAAAGGAGAAAUCCAAAUACGUGUCGACAGUUAAUGGUAGCGUAUCAGCUAGGAAUCUGAGAAAGGCUGACCUUGGAGCAGUAAUUUUUGGAUGCAAGCAUUUCACAUAUAAGGAAUGCAUGUUCAAACAGUUGUUCGGUUUACCAGCUCCGCAUUUCUCAUAUGUGAAGAAUAUCAACAUUGGUUUAACUCUAUUCCUAUUCAACUAUAGUGAUCGAAAGCUCCAUGGCAUCUUUGAGGCUACUAGCCCUGGGCAGCUGAAUAUCAACCCGUAUGGGUGGACUUCUGAUGGAGACGAAAGUACACCAUAUGAAGCACAGGUAAGGAUCCGAGUGCGAAGGUUGUGCCGUCCCCUGACUGAAGAUCAGUUUGCCUCAAUCAUUGGCGAGAACUAUUAUGCACCAUUGUUGUUUUGGUUUGAGCUGGAUCGAAGCCAAACCAAAAGAUUGGUUGACUUGUUUUUGUCUUUGCCAGCCCUCGACUAUGCUGUUAACCUGCAAAAUCCAUCUAAGUGGAAUAAUCCUUUCAAAAGUCUACCAACGACUGGGCCAAUAGAUGCAGUUGAUAAAACGAAAGACUGGAAUCUAGAAGAAAGAUCAGAUCACUUGGAUCAUGCUGGUUGGGCAGAUGCUUCUAGAUUGGCCAGUACUGAUACCACUGGGAAGCUAAAUUAUGGCAAGUCACAUGCCUCUGUGCUAGGAAGCACUAGUGCAUCAGUAAUCGAACCCAAGGCCAAUUCACAGAAGUUGUGGAGUUCAUUGUUCAAAUCUUCAGCUUCUGAUAUGGAUAAGACAGAUUCAAUUUCUGACAUGGGCAAGACAGAUCCAAUGCUGAAUUCAUCUUCAAGUCCUAGUUCAUCACUCCCAGAUAAACAUAGAAUGGAUUGGGAAUCAUGCUUUGCAUCUUCUGUUGACAAAGAUGGGCAUGUGUAUCAGGCUUGGGACUUUGUGGAACAUGAAGAACCUGUUGAAUCAACAUCAAGCUUUGUCUAUUCUUCAGUGCAGAAUGAGUCAAUCUCCCUCAGUGAGCAGAGCAAGUUGUUCGAAAGGCAAUACACGGGACAGAAGAAUAAACAUUCUGAAGUCACUGUUUCUGAGUUGAAUCUUCAGCAGCUCAAUGAACUGAAAACUGAAUGGGAGUCAUCCUAUGGAGAAAGUCAGCAUGCAGAAUCCUCCAUUGACAAUGAUAAUGUGGAAGUGCUGGAUGAUGGACCACCAAGUUUGAUGGGCUUAAAGGAGGAAGGUCAAAGAGAUAUUUCUCACCGAUCUUUUGCUUUUAACGUUGGUUCUGAAGAUAGAAAUUCUGAAGUGCAUAGAAAUUCUGAAGUGCUCGAGACGCUCAAACAAGUGAACCCUUCUGAUCUUUUAGCUGUUGUAGCUAAGUUAAUAGGAGAAGUGGAGGGAUUGAAGAGAUCUAAGUUGGAACAAGACCAAAAAAUCAUGUUUCUAGAGAGAUCCAAGUUGGAACAAGACCUGAAAAUCAUGUCUCUGGAGCAAGAGGUUCAUUUCAAAUUGGGACUUCGAGAACCGUUGGACAUGCAUAAUAGGUUGGUACCUGGGCUGUUGUAUGCCUCAAAGAGUCUUGAGGAAGUACGCCUACCACAAGGACAACUUCUGCAAGAUAUUCAUGAUUCUGUGGUCAUUGUGGGAGGAUUUGAUGGUUCUUCAUGGCUUCCAUCCUUGGAUUCCUACUUUCCUUUGCAUGAUCGUGUGGAAACACUUAGCCCAAUGGCAUUUUCAAGGUCUCAUGCGAUGGCAGUGAAAUUAAAUGGCGAAGUUUUUGUACUUGGUGGGGUACAUAAUGAUGUGUGGUUGGAUACAGUUGAAUCGUACAAUCCGUUGAGAAAUCAAUGGACGCCACAACCUUCAAUGAAUGAGAAGAGGGGAUGCUUAGCUGGAGCUUCUUUGAAUGAUAAAAUUUUUGCUUUUGGCGGUGGAAAUGGUGAUCAGUGUUUCUCAGAGGUGGAAAUGUUUGAUUUGAACAUUGGAAAUUGGAUCUCUGCUCAGUCAAUGAUGCAAAAGCGGUUUGCUUCAGCAGCAGUAAAUAUCAAUGGUGCUAUAUAUGUUGCUGGUGGUUAUGAUGGGAAGGCUUAUAUGAAAUCUGUUGAAAGAUUUGACCCGAGAGAACCUACAUGGACUACAGCUGGAAGCAUGACAACGCGGAGGGGAUGCCACUCUUUGGUUGCCUAUAAUGAGAAGUUAUAUGCCUUGGGUGGUUAUGAUGGAGAGAACAUGGUUUCGUCUGUUGAGAUACUAGAUCCACGAUUUGGUUCAUGGGUGAUGGGAGAGAAGAUGAACAGUCCCAGGGGUUACUCUGGAGCAGUUGUGAUAGGAGGAAAAAUAUUUGUAAUUGGCGGAGUAAACGAUCAAGAGGAAAUUCUAGAUACGAUUGAAUACUAUGAAGAUGGCCAUGGUUGGAAGAUGACUGACACGAGGACUUUAGGGAAGAGAUGUUUCUUCUCUGCCGUCGUCUUGUGAGUUUGGGGAAAAACAUCUUAACAUUUUGGUGCUGAUACAUGUAUUGUCAUAUAGUAUGACAGGGUAAUGGCUUCACUGCACAUAUUGGUGAUCCAGAACUGUAAAUGAUUAGUAUAUAGAACUAGUUAUAUGCACACUGGUGCACAAGUAAUGCUAUUGUCAUGUGUGACUCUGUAACUCCAUGCUUUUGCCGCUUGACUGAAGUUCUGAUAUACAAUAUGCUAGAUGCAGUCUGUUUUGGUG